GCUUUCAGCGAUCGUGUACGUACACGCACGUUUCACUCACACUUUUACUCGGUUUGUUUGCAACCACGAGCAGCUGUCACGGCAAAAUCAAAUGGGAUUGUUUGCAACCACGAACCUGCGUUCGUGUUGGUGAGAAAUGUCGGCGAGACCCUAAUUGAAAGAAGGUGUCGUGCUGGCAGUUACAUCACCGAUGGAAAGGUUGAUUAUAGUUGAUCGAGUGAACGAAUAUGACAAGAUGCUGCGAUCAAUUGCCUACUUGAUUAGAUUCGCGAAGUUUAUUACGAGCAGAAAACAAUCAAUUAUCCGCGGACCACUGACCGUUUUGGAAUUGAGAGGUGCAUUGGCAGUAACAGUGCGUUGUGUGCAAAAGGAGACGUUUCAUCUUGAGCUUCGUGUGAUUGCUGAAGGUGGUCAAUCGAAACCCCGCCUUAGUGGUUUGAAUCCUUUCAUUGAUCCACAAGAUGACAUGUUGCGCAGCGAAUCCACUGAAGACAUCCCAACUGAUGGGAGAUUUUCCAUCUUACCGUAUCCAGCCAGCACCGACAUUUGCCUACACUGGUGUAGAUUUUGCCGGACCCUUUUUGAUUAAAUCGCACACUGCAAGUCGCAGACCACUUAUCACGAAGGCUUAUGUUUGCCUAUUUGUCUGCAUGCUGACCAGAGCUAUCUAUUUAGAGUUAGUGUCUGACUUGACAACGAGUGCAUUUCUGGCUGCAUUACGGCGAUUUACCAGCCGACGUGGUCUACCGUGUAAGAUGUUCUCCUACAAUGCGACGAAUUUUGUCGGCGCACAGAAUGAGCUUGAAGAGCUAGCGCGCCUCUUCAAGGAUCAGCAACAAGCAAGGAAGAUUUCUGAAUAUUGCACAGGCCAAGGUAUCGAAUGGUCUUUCAUACCUCCUCGGAGCCCUCAUUUUGGGGGCAUUUGGGAGGCGGGUGUGAAGCAGGUAAAGCAUCAUCUAACGCGAAUUGUCGGUGGUUACAAGCUGUCUUACGAGGAAUUCUACACUACGUUGACCUUACAGCGAUAACACCAGCCCAUUUCUUAAUUGGCCGAGAGAUGAAGGCAGUGACCGAACCAUCCUACCUUAAUGUUAAGCAGAGCACUCUUUCUCGGUGGCAAUUAGUACAAACUAUUUUUUCAACAUUUCUGGAGAAGGUGGACAGCAGAAUACUUACCAGAACUUCAGAACAGAGCAAAGUGGACGAAAGCAACACCCAUAGCAGAAGGUGCUCUAGUUCUGAUGGCUGACCAGGGUUCUCCGCCUUUCCAAUGGCCCCUCGGACGGGUUAUAAAGUUACACCCUGGAAAGGACAACAUUUGCCGUGUCGUCACUGUGAAAACAUCUAAGGGCGAGUACAAGCGUGCCAUAACCGAGGUCUGCCUACUGCCUCUGGACAGCAAGCCAGAUUGAAAGGAUUUCAACGCCGGGAGGAUGUUCGGAGCUAAACCCACUCAUGCAGAAUCCAGCUAAUACAGUCACACCUUUGCCAUGAACAUUGAAACACAUACACACACAUGUA